GCUUAUCUUACACUGGCCGACUUUGUUAGACUUCUAAAAGUUUUAUACAUGGACAAUCUUCAAACUUAUUAACGAUGGUUCGUUUGUGGUAUUUUGUUUGCGUUUGUUUUCUGUGGCAGCAGCCUUCACAAGGAAUUUCUGAUGGUUAUUUGGUAGAUAUAUUCAACAGGCUUGAGGCUUUAGAAAAAGAAGGUCAGCUACAGAGGGAACACAUUUCUAAGCAGGAUAAAAGGAUAUAUGAACUAGAACGAGAAAUACAACUCCUGAGGUCCAAGGAGGAAGAAAUCGUAAUAAACAGCUUCCAGAAAAAUAUGGACAGUGACCCUGAGGACAUUGUUGACCAACAUCACAUGAACAUUGGCCAAUGGCAACAAGCUCAACGUGAUGAGGAUCUUGUCGAUGCGCACCACAAUGGUAUACCACAUGGAUUUGGGAAGCUAAAGUUGGCGGAUCCACAAAGGCACGAUGAAGACAUAGUUGACGAACAUCAUAACAAUAUACCACACGGAUUCGGGAAGCAAAAACAUGUCCAGGAAGGCAAGGGUAUUUCACCAAGGAAAGGGAAGAGGUUCGCUCUGGAUGACGAGACUGUUGCCUUUCAUGCCAUUCUAUCCGCGCCUACAAACAACUAUCAUAUCAACCAGAAAAUCCUCUUUGAUGGCGAGAUUUUAAACAUUGGUGGUGGCUACAACUCCCAGACAGGGGAGUUCACAGCGACCAUGUCAGGGGUGUACCUGUUCUCCACCUCAGUUAUGUGUUUGGCAGGUCCAGGAGCUGAGAUGCACGCCAUCAUUAUGAAAAACGGUGGUGAAAUUGGUGCUGCAUAUGCCAACGGGAAAGGUGGUUUCCAAGAGCAAGGAAGCGUGACGGUUGCCAUGAAGCUGGCCGUAGGUGACCUUGUUCAUGUGCAAGUUGGACGUCAUGACAACACAGGCGUCUGGGGUGACCGUUUGACAAGCUUCACUGGCGUACUUGUGACGCCUCUUUAACGAACUGCUCUUUGAAACAUGAAAUACGUUGUACAAUCAGUUUUGAAAUAUAAAACGUCCGUUUUUA